AAGUUUAUAAAGAUGGUUAAGCUCUUGACCAGAGAGUGAAAGAGAGAGAGAGAGAGAGUUGUCAUGGCAAGGGAUGGAACUUCAAGCUGUAGAGACAGCCAAUGGUCUCUCAAAGGAGCAACUGCCCUUGUUACUGGUGGAACAAAAGGAAUUGGGCAUGCUGUUGUGGAAGAGUUGGCGGCGCUGGGGGCAACAGUAUAUACGUGCUCGCGCAACGAAGAUCAGCUGAAUGAAUGCUUGAAAGAAUGGAGGAUGAAAGGUUUACAAGUUGCUGGUUCAGUCUGUGAUGUAGCCUCUCCAGCUGCAAGGGAAAGGCUGAUGAACAAAGUUUCCUCUCUCUUUACUGGGAAACUCAACAUCCUUAUAAACAAUGUGGGGACGAACACUUGGAAACCGACCAUGGAUUACACGGCCGAAGAAUUGUCAACUAUGAUGACUACCAAUUUUGAAUCCGCUUUCCAUUUCUGCCAAUUUGCUUAUCCCCUUCUCGAGGCAUCAGGAGCUGGAUGCAUUGUUUUUGUUUCUUCUGUUGCUGGUGUGCUCUCACUCAAUAUUGGAUCUAUCUAUGGAGCAACUAAAGGAGCAAUGAAUCAACUGACUAUGAAUUUGGCAUGUGAGUGGGCAAAAGACAAUAUCAGGAGCAAUUGUGUUGCACCUUAUUUCAUUAGAACCCAACUUGUUGAGCCAGUUCUCAGUAGCAAAGAAUUUCUGGCAGCUCUGAACUCUCGAACCCCUCUCGGUCGCCCUGGACAGCCCAAAGAGGUUGCCCAUUUGGUAGCAUUCCUAUGCCUUCCAGCAGCCUCUUACAUAACUGGGCAAAUUAUUUGUGUUGAUGGUGGGGUGACAGCAAAUGGGUUCUUCUUCCCAAGAGCAAGACUUUGAAGAAGAACAAAGAGAAACACUGUUUCUUUUCUUUCGUUUUCUAGAUGGGUGUAGGAUUUAAUUUGACCACAAAACCUGGAGUUUUAAUAAGCGAUUUCUAUUUUCGUUGUCCUAUUUAAGACAUUAAUAUUCAAUCAUAUUUGUGUAGGUGUAACCAUUUAUUCUUUA